AUGACUUCCUCCGUUGCUUCUCUUUCCUUCUUCUGCCUGCUUGUGCUUCUGCUUCCUGCUCCACAUGGCGCCUCCUCCCAUGCAAGCUACAAGCAAGGGUCCAGACAAAUUUUUUCCAGGACAUCUGGCAGGUCUUCUGGCAACUCCCAGCAGGCCUCCUCGGUGUCUACUGCAACCACCUGCUCGUCCCUCGCAACUGGCCUAGGAAACAACAAGGUACCCGUAGUGCACCGGCAGAGCCCAUGCUCGCAGUUGCACGGACUGCCGUCCCUGACGGCGGCAGAUGUCUUGCGUCGUGAUGCCUCUCUCAUCUGGCGCCGUUUCUCCUCACAAUCGUCUCUGGUGGAUGCGCUGGCCCCAUCGCCGGCAGUGGCUGCGCUGGGCCCAUCGCCGGCAGCAACCGUGCUGGCCCCAUCGCCGGCAGCGACCAUAAUCCCUGCCAACGGCUCGUCGGACCCGAGGACGCUACCGGGCGCGCUGGACUACAGCGUGCUCGUUAACUAUGGCACGCCAGAGCAGCAGUUCCCGGUGUUCCUCGACACCAGCAGCGUCGGCGCGUCCAUGCUCCGGUGCAAGCCCUGCGCCUCAGGUUCCAACGACUGUGAUCCGGCGUUCGACACGUCGCAGUCCUCGACGUUCGCCAAUGUCCUCUGCGGCUCGCCGGACUGUCCUACCAACUGCUCCGGCGGCUCGUUCUGCCCGCUCGACGGCAUAUACUCGGUCAUCAACGGCACGUUUGCGGAGGAUGUGCUCGCGCUGGCGCCGUCCACGGCCAUCAACAACUUCAAAUUCGUCUGCCUGAACGUGAGUAAACCUGAUGACCAGCCGGUGGCCGGGACCCUCGACCUCAGCCGCGACCGCAACUCACUGCCGUCGCAGCUAUCGUCGUCGGGGCAGGCCCCUGCCGCCGCCUUCUCCUACUGCCUGCCUAAAUCCCCGAGCUCCCAGGGCUUCCUCUCCCUCGGCGUCAACGCCACCGUCAAAGACGACAACGUCACAGCGCACGCCCCGCUGGUGAGCAACGGCGACCCGGAGCUGGCGAGCAUGUACUUCAUCGACCUCGUCGGGAUGAGCCUCGGUGACGAGGACCUCCCGAUUCCGGUGGGGACCUUCGGCAGCAACGGCACCAACCUGGACGUGGGGACCACCUUCACCAUGCUGGCGCCGGACGCGUACACGGCGCUGAGUAACUCCUUCCAGAAGCAGAUGUCGCGGUACAACUUCUCGUCGCCGGGUAUCGGCGGCUUCGACACGUGCUUCAACUUCACCGAUCUGAAUGACCUCGUCAUACCGAACGUUCAGUUCAAGUUCAGUAACGGCGACAUCCUGGAGAUCCACGCAGACCAGAUGCUGUACUACGACGACACCGACGCCGCUCCGUUCACCAUGGCCUGUCUCGCCUUCUCCUCCUUGGACGCCGGCGAUUCCUUCUCUGCCGUGAUUGGGUCGUAUACGCUGGCGACCACGGAGGUGGUCUACAACGUGGCCGGAGGAGAGGUUGGCUUCAUCCCAUGGAGCUGCUAA